UGGUCGGUCGAGUGACGAGUGUCGAGUUAGUAAAUUUGGAAUCUCAGUAGGAAGUAGUCGUGCUAAAUACAAGAUGUGUAUUAUACGAUUUUUCACGUGUGAAGCGUUUAGUGCGCAUAAAACUAAAGAUAUAUUGGAUAAAUUGCGACAAGUAGAUAAUGAUGUUUUGAAUUUAUCCACUGAAAUUUGCUAUCAUGUGGAACUCGCGGAAGGAUGCGACUUUCUGAAUAUCAACCAAAUAAAAAUUUUGCAAUGGUUACUUAGCUCUCCCUUACAACCGCAUUCUUUAAAGAACGAAUCAAUCUAUAAAUUCAUUGAUGAUAAUCAAAUUAUUAUCGAAAUAGGACCAAGAUUUAAUUUCUCAACAGCCGACUCAAGUAACUCUGUACAAAUUUGUGAAAGUGUUGGUCUACGUGAUGUUAUCAGACUUGAAGUGUCUACCAGAUAUAUCAUCACUUUCAAUAAUGCUAAAACUGUCAGCAAAAGUUUAUUUGAAGAGUUGGCUGCACCAUUACACGACAGGAUGACACAGUGUAUUUACACCAAGGAAAAUCUUCCACGUUAUAGUUUUAAUGAAGGUUUACCAAAAGACUUGGAACCAUGGUAUGUUGUGCCUCUCCAAAAAGAAGGAAUGCCAGCAAUGGAAAAAGUGAACCAAAAACUAGGUUUGGCGUUUGAUACUUGGGACAUGCAAUUCUAUAUGGACUUAUUUGUUAAUAAGCUAAAGAGAGAUCCAACUAGUGUUGAAUUAUUUGACCUUGCCCAGAGCAAUAGUGAACAUUCGAGACAUUGGUUUUUCAAGGGUAAAAUGAUAUUAGAUGGCCAAGAAAUCAAUGAGUCUUUAAUUGAUAUGGUUGCAUCAACACAAAAGUUUUCAAAUGACAAUAAUGUAAUCAAAUUUGGGGAUAACAGCAGUGCAAUAAAAGGUUUCAAACACACAAAAUUGCGGCCAAGUGAUGUAAAGGUUCCUUCACAAGUGAUAUCUGAACAAACCGAGUCAGAUAUAAUAUUCACAGCUGAGACUCAUAACAUGCCCACUGCGGUGGCCCCGUUCAGUGGGGCGACGACGGGUACGGGGGGCAGAAUAAGGGAUGUACAAGGUGUGGGCCGUGGAGGGCAUACAGUAGCGGGUACUGCUGGAUAUAGUGUGGGCAACUUGUUGAUUCCAGGCUAUGACUUACCUUGGGAAGAAAAGGACUGGAAAUAUCCCAACAACUUUGCUAGCCCUCUGCAAAUUAUUAUAGAGGCGAGUAAUGGAGCUUCUGACUAUGGAAAUAAGUUCGGAGAACCACUUGUAUCAGGAUUUGUUCAGUCAUAUGGAUUGGAAAAUGGUGACAAUAUUCGCGAAGAGUUCAUAAAACCCAUAAUGUUCAGUGGUGGUAUUGGUUACAUGCCUCACAAUAUGAUCAAGAAGAAUAAGCCGGAGAAAGGCAUGUUAUUAGUAAAAGUGGGGGGUCCAGUAUAUCGUAUCGGAGUAGGAGGUGGGGCCGCUUCUUCCGUGGCUGUACAGGGUGGUGAUUCCAGAGAUCACGCUUUGGACUUUGGUGCUGUGCAAAGAGGCGAUGCUGAGAUGGGAAAUCGUCUCAAUAGAGUUGUGAGAGGAUGUCUUGAAGCUGAUAUUAAUCCUGUUGAAUCGAUCCACGAUCAAGGUGCAGGCGGUAACGGUAAUGUGUUGAAGGAGUUAGUGGAACCGGAAGGUGCUGUGGUUUUCACCAAAGAGUUCCAAUUGGGUGAUCCCACUAUCACCACGCUAGAGCUGUGGGGUGCUGAGUACCAAGAAAACGACGCUUUACUGUGUAAGAAGGAAAAUAGGAAUAUACUUGAAGAAAUAUGCCGUCGUGAGAGAUGCCCAGUGUCGUUUGUUGGUGAAGUGACUGGUGACGGUUACAUGAGCCUUGUAGAAGAUUCCUAUAAUGACGCCUAUAUACAGAGAUCUAACAGACAGAAACCAGACAUUGCUUCCAAAAUGCCGUAUGAUUUACACUUGGAAGCCGUUUUAGGCAACAUGCCAAGAAAAACAUUCAACUUGCAAUCUGAGAAGAGAACAAAACUGCCUCUUUCCUUGCCAAAUGAUAUCACAGUAGAAAAAGCACUAAAUAGAGUGUUGAGGCUUGUUAAUGUUGCCAGUAAGCGCUAUUUAACCAACAAGGUUGAUCGUUGUGUUACUGGUCUAAUAGCGCAACAACAGUGUGUAGGGCCGCUUCACACACCCCUAUCCGACUAUGCGAUUAUCGCCUUAUCGUAUAACGAACUUGUUGGCUCAGCAACGUCUAUCGGCACUCAGAACAUAAAGGGAUUGUUGGAUCCCGCCGCUGGUGCCCGACUUUCGCUUGGAGAAGCUCUCACUAAUUUGGUAUUCGCGGGUAUAUCAGACUUGGAAGAUGUAAAGUGUUCCGGAAACUGGAUGUGGCCGGGUAAAACGGGAACACAGGGUGGAGCACUAGUGAUAGCUUGUAAGGCGCUCACUGUCGCUAUGGCGGAGUUGGGAGUGGCCGUCGAUGGCGGAAAGGAUUCGUUAUCUAUGUGCGCUAGUGUGGAGGGGAAAACAGUCCAAUCACCAGGAACAUUGGUUAUAUCCACAUAUGCUCCUUGCCCCGAUAUCACAGUGAAGAUAGAACCUGCUCUUAUUAAGGAAGGUUCAGUGUUGGUUCACGUUCCCGCUUCUGCAGGACAGUAUAGAAUUGGCGGUUCAGCUUUGGCACAAUGCUAUAAGCAACUGGGAGACAAUCCACCAGACUUGGACAAUCCUAAAGUAUUGAAAUCGUUGUUCAAAGUAACACAGAAACUUCUCAAAGAAAAGAAACUUCUAUCCGGUCACGACAUUAGCGAAGGAGGUUUUAUAACAACAGUUUUGGAGAUGGGUAUCGGUGGUAUCCGUGGUUUGGAAUUAGAUUUACAAGUAGAUGCUAAAGUACCACUUAUCAACGCACUGUUUAGUGAAGAACUUGGUAUUGUACUUGAAGUUGACCAGAAUGAUGUUCAAUACGUCUUGAAUGAAUAUAACAAGAGUGGUGUUAGUGCUAAAGCGAUUGGUAAAGCUGGGAAAUAUGGCAUGCAAUCUGAGGUGAUUGUUAAAGUGAAUGGGCAGAAGGUUCUGGAUUCCAAACUAAUCAAUGUGUUUAGAAUGUGGGAGGAGACUAGCUACCAAUUGGAAUGCUUGCAAGCUAACUCUGAAUGUAUAAAACAAGAAUGGGAUGGUUUGGAAAAACGUAAGGGGGUAACAUACAGUGUCUCGUUCGACCCCUCAGCGGCGGUUGUCAAAACUAAGUCUGUGAAAGUUGCAGUUCUCCGUGAAGAAGGUACAAACGGUGACCGUGAAAUGAUUGCGUCUCUCAUGAUGGCGAACUUUGAAGUUUUCGAUGUUACUAUGAGCGAUUUGCAAUCGAAGAAGAUUACACUUGAUGCAUUCCAAGGAUUGGUGUUCCCCGGUGGAUUCAGUUAUGCUGACACACUGGGUUCCGCCAAAGGCUGGGCCGCCGGUAUCCUCUUCUCUGAAGCGCUAUACAAUCAGUUCUUGCACUUCAAGAACAGAAAGGAUACGUUUUCGCUGGGCGUGUGCAACGGUUGCCAAUUGAUGGCACUCUUGGGCUGGAUCGAUCCGGAACAAAACAACACGGCCCUGCGCAAGACGCAAAUAUUCCUCGAUCAUAAUUUAUCUGAGAGAUUCGAAUGUCGCUGGAGUGCAGUGAAAAUUACCGAGGACACGACCAAGCAAGAUGUUUGGUUCAAAGGAAUGGGCGGCAGUGUGCUUGGCGUGUGGGUAGCGCACGGUGAAGGGAGAUUUACUUUAUCUAACCCUGUGAUGGACCAAUUGCAUAAGAAUAGACAAGUCGCUAUGCAAUAUGUGGACGAUGAAGGAACACCUACGGAAGUCUACCCAAUGAAUCCUAAUGGCAGUCCAAUCGGCAUAGCCGGAGUGAAAUCGCCCGAUGGUCGCCACGUGGCGAUGAUGCCUCAUCCCGAACGCUGUGUAUUACGUUGGCAAUGCCCAGCACCACAAGCUAGAAGUGUUACUACUGUCAACCCGGCUAGCAACGCUUCACCGUGGCUACAUCUCUUCCAAAACGCUUACACUUGGGCCGCAACACAAAACAAGACUUCAAAAGCAUAAAUAGCGUACUUUAUAAGUGCCACUUUUAUAUGUUUUUAUGAAAUGUUAUGUUUUAUAUAUUACUCAUAAGUUUUAUGUGAUUAGCAUGGAAAAUAGCUAUUUGAUUGAAUAUCAAGUUUGUAUUCAAAGUUAAUCAUGUAGGUAAGAAAUGUUUUUACUGGAUGUUAAUUUUUAUUCCAGUUUUAUUGAAAAGAAAACUUGAAGAGGCUUGGCUGUAUUGUUAUGUAUAGAACAAAGAGCUGGGUUUCUUUUUGCUCUUCUUGUUAUUUGAAUAAUGAUUAAGAUAUCUUAAGAUUCAUGGAAUGUAUUCUCGAAUAUUUGAGUGUCAUAAUAGGAUUAUAAUAUAUCACUUCAUAUACAGAACUUGUGCAAUCAAAUGAGGCAUUUGUUUGGAAUAUUUUACAUUCCAUUUAUAUCAUGAUCAUGAGUUGUAUUGCUGUUGUUUUUAUAAAAAGAAAAAGCUGUUAUAAAAAUUAAAGAAUAUAUUAUGAAAAUGUUCCAUUCUAACAUUCCUGUUAUUAUUAAGUUUUUAUUAUAAAUUUUUUUAUGUUAAAAAAAAUAAAUUUUUUAUAUUGUAA